UAGAUUUUGAAUUUGCAGAGAAAUUUCUUCGAACUUGUGAAGCAUGGAAAUUACAAAAAUAUUGCAAGGGUUAUGCCUAUUUAUUUGUUGUUUAAUUAUGUUAAAUGGCAAAGCUGUAAUUGGAGAGGAAGAAAAUGUCAUGGUUGAUUUAACCAUUCUUGAAAGUGCAGUGUCAAAAGGAGCUGUUUGCUUGGAUGGGACACCUCCAGCGUACUAUUAUGACGAGGGACAUGGAGACGGCGCUAAUAAUUGGAUAAUCUACUUUAGGGGAGGAGAAUGGUGCUAUAAUGUGACAGAUUGCCUUGAUCGUUCAAAGACAGAAAAAGGUUCUUCAAAACUUGCUCCAAAGCAAAGAUCAUUUUAUGGAAUACUUAGCAAAAAUAAGACAAUUAAUCCAGAUUUCUACAAUUGGAAUAGAGUUAUGGUUAUUUAUUGUGAUGGAUCAUCUUUCACGGGAGAUGUUGAAAAAGUUGAUCAGGCUACUAACCUUCAUUUCAGAGGUGCAAGGAUUUUCCAUGCCUUGAUUGAGAAUUUCUUGGAGAAAGGAAUGAAGAAUGUUAAAAAUGCCAUUCUCACAGGUGGUUCAGCUGGAGGACUGCCUGCUUUAAUCCAUUGUGAUCGUUUUCGAGCUCUUCUUCCUAACUCAGCUAGAGUAAAGUGUCUUGCUGAUGGAAGCUAUUUUCUCCACAGGAAAAACAAGAAGGAAAUGACAUACAUGGACACUGUCAAUGAAGGACUGAUUAAAUUACAUCAUUCAGCUAAUAUGUUACCAUCAUCGUGUACUUCAAAAAUGAACCCAGCCUUGUGCCUUUUUCCUCAAUAUUUUCAACAAGAAAUCAAGACACCAUUUUUCAUAGUCAACUCAAUGUUUGAUACAUUUCAGAUAAAUAAGACUUUUCCUGGUUAUUAUGAAGACCUUUUUAAUAAUACAUGCUCAGCUUCUCUUAUUAAAACUUUACAAGAUUUCAAACAGGAUUUUUUAAAUGCAUUACCCAAACAAAGUAAUUCUUCAUCAAGAGGAAUGUUUAUUGACUCUUGCUUGAUUCAUGCCCAAAUAACAAGUGGCGUUGGUUGGAAUGGGUUUUCCGUAUAUAAUAAGACAAUUGCAGAGGCAUUUAGCAAUUGGUACUUCGACCGGAGUAAUGUACAAUUGAUAGACAAGCCGGACUUGCCAUUAAAUUGUUACAAAUUCCCCUCAAUUACAAGUUUUUGCCCCUAAAAUAUCUACAAAAUCUCAAGUGUGUAUUAUUUAGUAAUUGAUUUAUGUAUUUAGUUUUGUGAACUUUUGUUUAUUUCUUAAUUGUGU